CACCACCGAACUUAGCUCAGGGACCACCCGCCCUCCGACGUCUGCCUUGCAAACCCCGGCAGCAGAGGAACGUCAAUCGACACUCCAAGGUUCCAAAGUUUCCUUUAUUUUUACGGAUCAUUGACCACGCACGACGUGCGUUUUGUUUCCGAAUCCCCUCUUUCGUAAACUUUGCGUGAAGUCGUCCAAUUCGUCCAGCUUCCAUCUCAGACGUCUGUCUCUAUCGUGCACAAUCAUCGGUCCCCGCACCUAGCAUACUCCUACUCGCCCCUGCUCCGCAACUGCUCACGCUGCCGAGAAGUAUGGAAGACCCGACGAUAGCGGCAGCGCAUAUUCAACAGCCAGGUAGCCACGAGGUGGCUGCGCGGGCUCUGGUUGACAGACCCCUGAAGCGCGACCCUGCAUGUGUAGAGUGCCGGCAACGGAAACUAAAAUGUGACCGAAAGUAUCCCUGCUCAGAAUGCAUCACCCAUAGCCGCCAUUGCCUUGCUCCACCACCGCCGGGUCCACGCAAGCCGAGGAGGAAGAACCAUCAUGAGCUACGAGACAAACUUGCGAGCAUCGAGUCCCUUUUGGAAGAAUGCAUGGGAUCGAAGCCGAUUUAUUCAGUCAAUGAUACGCCAACUGUCCUGGCUGAUUCAGAAUCACCAUCGGACACCACAGCUAGCCAUGGCAAGAACCAUGACGAUCAUAGACCCAAAGUGCCGUCGCCAGGAUGGCUUGUGCAAACUAAAAACGGGGUCGAGUUUCGUGACAGCAAGACGGCGUCUGCGACUCGUGAGGAUGAACAGACUAUUCGUGCCCUUUUCGAGGUGGAGAGCGAGCAAUCAACAUGGCUUCCUGCUCUCGCUUUCCUCAAUCAGCACCAUGACUACAUGGGCAUAUCUCCCGCCUCAGGACCCUCCUACAAUUGUGUCCCUUCUUCACCCAAUAUCAUCAUCUUGUGGAGGGUGUUCUUGGACAGAGUCAAUCCUGUCACCAAGAUCCUUCACAUUCCGACGUUCCAAGCCAACAUUGCAGAGGCGGUAUCCAACUUCCACGCCAUCUCGCCCAUUACGCAGGGUCUCCUGUUCUCCGUUUUCCUCGCAGCAUCUGGUACUCUUUCGCAGAAAGAACACUGGGACAUGCUAAACUGGUCCAAAAAGGAUGCUUCGACGGUUCUGUCUAGGGGCUUCAAGACUGCCAUGGCACGAUACAAUUAUCUGAAACGUUUCAACGAAGAUACAAUAAGGAGUCUGAUAUUUUAUUCAUUACACCAACGAACUUUGAGGGACCCGGUAGAUCCGUGGAUUCUCAACGGCAUCGUCGUGAACAUAGCUCACCGCCUCGGUCUCCACAUCGACGGAACACGCCUCAGCUUAUCACCCUUCCAAUCAGAAAUGAGACGGCGUCUCUGGUGGCAAACCGUCCUGAUAGAGGCCAAAACGAGUGCCGCCUCAAGCAUCAGCGCUAGAGUCCUACCUUCCAGCCGGGACACGCGCAUCCCACUCAAUGUCAACGACGAAGAUCUCCAUCCGUCCAUGAAAGAGGCACCUGUUGCCCGAGACGGCCCUUCAGAGAUGUCCUACUGCGUAGUUACAUACGAAGCGGAAUCACUCGCCCUGGAAAUGCGAAUCCCGUCCGUCGACGACGUCCUCUGGGGCCAGGCAUCCCCAGGCCCGGCUUCAGCAUUAGCAUACGCGGCCAUGCCCCCGCCGCAUCCCUUUGACUCGCCCUUCGUCACCGCAAUACAAGACGCGCUGCAAAAGUUCGACCGGACACUGAGACCCCUCGAGCGCCGACUCCUCUCCGACUCGGCCAUGAAUCCGCUCCACGCAAUGGCGCUCUACUCCCGCACCUCGCUCGCCGCCAUCGUCGACAAGGUCAUCACGCCGCUGGAAGCAGCACCGGAAUGGGGCACGGAGAUGCACGGGCCGGAAGACAAGUUCUUCAGCAUCGGCCUGAUUGCGCUGGAGAUCACGCUCCAGCAGCGGCGGGUCGCGGGGCACCAGUUUGCGUGGCUCGUCGACCUCGACUUCAAGAUUCAGACGUUUUAUUACCUGGGCGCGCAGCUCCAGAACCGGGUCUCGGGGUCCAUGGCGGACAGGACGUGGGCCGUGAUUGAGAAGAUGUAUGCGUGUCGCGAAGACUUGUGGGAGCUCAAGGACGAGGAGAAUAUGACGCUGGCGAACCUCCUGAUUGUGGCGUGGAGUCGGCGCGCCGAGCAUUUUCUGGGGAACCGGGUUCUGCUUCUUGAGCCUCCUUUUGUGACGCGCCUGCGAGACGAGGUUAUGAUGAUCAAGGCUGAGGCAUUGAGCCUGUUCUAAGGACAUCGUUAUGGACUGGAUAUCCCGGGCACAUUUUCAUGUAUUAGUAGAUGAAAAGCGAUUUCGAUUUAGUUGAAGUAUGCUUUGAUUUCGUCAUUAAUACUCGUGACCUUGAAUAGGGCUGCACCUUAUCUAUCCAGCUAUUCCGCCAGACUGCUAGACUGUAUGAAAGAGACCGGUUAUUUUGACUGUGCAGUUG